AUGUUGGAAUACACAGUGAGGCAGCAGGAUGCGAAAACAUUGAUUGUGGAUGAUGCCACCUUGUCAACAGGUGCUGGAACACGUGAGGAGCGCAAUCGUGUAUUGGAUACGGCAAAAUCAGCGAGUAUUCUGCCAGUGCCAAUCAUCAGCCGUUUAUCGACGACAUGGAUGAAUAAUGCAGCAGAUGCCUCAAUGCAGUUGCAGCAAGAAUGCACCAUCCUUUUACAGCAAUAA